GUAUUAGUUGUGGUCUUGAAGGAAGCGGUCUCUGUCGUUCGGUCCCGUCCACAUCUUCCGUGGUCAACGGCGCGCGUGGUCCUCGUGGAUUCUCCUUUGAAGUGGUCAGCAGGAGGUGUUAUUUUUUUAGAAGUUGUUCUUUGGACGGUUUUCGUGUUAAUCGAUGCUAGGUGGAAUAAAAUUAAACCGGUCAGCGAACUCUCGAAAGAUUAUAGAAAUGAGCUGAUUAGUUAUUUUUAGUUUUGAAGCUGUUUUUUUUUGUGGAUUCUAUCAUGCUUAGUAUUCGCAAGCCGUGAACAAUGUUAUAACUAAGUGGAAUUGUAUAGGAUUAUCAAACAACCUGUAGGACUUAUUGUGAUUGAUAAUUUGUUAUAGCCGACAGCAUAGCAGUGUUCGUGACUUAAUCGGCUCGAAUUGUGAGGAAAACCGGUACCUCAAACUAAGUUUUGGGAAAGUUCAACAGUGUUGGUCAUCCAACGGAUUGUCGCAUAGUGAAACCGCCAUCAUCAGGGGGAUAAAGUGACUGAAGCGAGGUGUGACCUGACCAGUAGUGCAUCAAAUAAUCAAAAUACGACCCACAACAGCAAUAGCUUGGGGUGGCGAUUGGCUAAGCCGGUUCCGCCAGAAGGCGCAUUCAAAUACCAGCGACUAAGACGACGACGCCUGUGGAGCGUGUUUAGGGAAAGGAAGUAGCGGCUUGGCGUUAGUUGAUUGUUAUCUUACAUAGUCAGACGACGUCAAAUUCAUCAUGAGUUCUGGCAGCUUGGAUGAGACACACCUGUUUGGUGAGGUACCGGAAGCGAUAGCUCGUGAGGUCGGCCUCACCAAAGAUGGCACCACGCUUGACGUACCACUGGCUCAAUCGAAGCUAAGCUUACGGUCUUCGUCGCCGGAAGAAAAUGAUAAAAGUUCGGGAAUUGGUAGCGCUAUGAGCAGCAUUCUCAACGUGGAGCUCGAUCAACAAGAGAAGACCGGCAAACCGAACGGUGGUGACUUGUUUGUCGCGGUUCAAAAUUCCAGCGAUGAGACCAAGCCAAAUGGCGACGUAGACGGCGAUAACUGUUCCGGGGUAGAACAAAUCAACAGUCUCCAGACCGUGGUGAUCGACAUCGAGAACGAGAAUGGAAACGCUCACAACGCCGAGAUGAGUUUUGCCGACGCGGUACAACAGCUUCACACGACCUUCGCCAGCGGAAAGACGCGCAAUGUCGACUUCAGACUCAAGCAGCUCCGGAACCUGCUCCGCAUGUACGAGGAGAACUCCGCCGAGAUGGUGAAGGUGCUGGCUGCCGAUCUUCGCAAGCACAAGCAGGAAGCGCACGUGCUGGAGAUUGACUUCAUGAUCAACGACAUUCGGAACACAAUCUUCAAUCUGCAAGAAUGGGUCAAACCGGAGAAGCCGGAGAAGACCAUGGUGAACAUCAUGGACGGGGUGUACAUCUACAAGGACCCGUACGGCGUGGUGCUGGUCAUCGGAGCCUGGAACUAUCCGCUGCAGUUGACGCUGGUGCCGGUGGCGGGUGCGAUUGCGUCGGGAAACUGCGUCCUGAUCAAGCCUAGCGAGGUGGCCCCGGCUACGUCGCGGUUCAUUGCCGAAACGAUUCCCAAGUAUCUGGAUCCGGAAUGUUACCGUGUGGUGGAAGGUGGCGCAAAAGAAACAUCUGAGCUGUUGAAACAGAAAUUUGACUACGUUUUCUACACCGGCUCGGGACGCGUGGGACGAAUUGUGCACCAGGCUUGUAACGAGAACCUCACGCCGUGCACGCUGGAACUGGGCGGAAAGAGUCCUUGCUACAUCGACAGCACGGCAGAUAUUGCGAUCGCCACCAAGCGAAUCCUGUGGGGCAAGUUUAUCAACGCGGGUCAGACCUGUAUCGCACCAGACUAUUUGCUGUGCUCGCAACAGGUCCAGAAGCAAUUUCUGGAAGAGGCUAGAAAGAUUCUGAAGGAAUGGUACGGUACCAAUCCCAAGGAAAGUCCGGAUCUGUGUCGGAUCAUCAACCAGCAGCAUUUCCAACGUCUCAGUGCCAUGAUCAAGGGAGCAAAUGUGGCCAUCGGUGGGGAUACGGAUUCGCAGGAGAAAUACAUCGCCCCCACCAUCCUCGUAGACGUCAGCUCCAGCGAUCCCAUCAUGCAGGACGAAAUCUUCGGACCGAUCCUGCCGAUCGUCAACGUGGAAAACGCGUACGACGCUAUCCGCUUCAUCAACGCAAGAGCAAAACCACUGGUCUUGUACGUUUUUACCACCAGUAAGACGGAUGAAAAAAUCAUUAUUCAAAACACCAUUAGCGGUGGCGUUUGCCUCAACGAUACGAUAAUGCAUUUCGCAGUUGAAUCCCUACCUUUUGGUGGUGUUGGCCCUAGUGGAAUGGGGGCUUACCAUGGAAAGUACUCCUUCGACACGUUUACCCACCGAAAAUCCUGCUUGGCGAAAGACUUCAACAUGAUUGGCGAGAAACUGGCCUCAUCCCGGUAUCCACCGUACUCGGACACCAAGUUGUCUUUCCUGACAACGCUGCUCAAGAAACGGCAAGGCUUCUCGACGAAGUUCCUGCCGUACGUGCUGAUGUUUGGAGUUGGAGUUGCCACUACACUGCUGGUGACGUCCCUCAUGAAGGACGAUGAAUAGAUUGGCAAGGAGUGAAAACCAGCCCAAUCCAGGUCGGACUGUGCAGAUGAUAACCUCCCCCCUCAGAGACUGCAAAUUGAGCGCCGCAAGCGAUGGUAACAUUUCCAUGAAAUUCAUGUGAUAAAUCCCCUUGAAAUGGUUGGUUUUUAAAGGUGGUAAGGUUUCAGCUUUGUUUUUAGUUAUCUAGAAUGUAUACAAACACAGUCUAUCCUUCAUUCACCGUUAUUUUUAUUUUUGUCUGUAUGAGUUUUAGCGUUCCAGUGAUGGAACAUUACGUGUAUGUAUAAGUUUUAACUGUUUUUAAAGCAAUUUUAUGUUUAAAUGUUACAAAUGAAUAUUCAUGAAAACACCAAAACACGGGGUACUGUAUACAGCAAUACAAAUAAAGUGACUGCCUACAGAUAAUUCUGUAUGCAAUUGCA